AUGAAAAUCGAGUACAUUCCCCACCCGGAAGAAAUUGAAAUUCAACCAAAAGAUUUCAUCUAUGUCAAUUAUCGGAAAAUUGAUAAUUACGCAGUUUCAGGAUAUUUCACAUUUCUCAGCACUGCUGUCGGUGUAAAAGUUGAGAAGAUAAUUACAAAGCGGCUUAGUUAUCUGGGAAAUAAGUUCAAGCACAAACUACAUAAUAUGAUUCAUUCUCAGUUGAUUGGCGGAUGUGGAAAAUAUAUUGAAUCACUAAUUGGAUUAGAAGAAUUAUGCGAUGGAUGUGAGAAGUGUUCAAAUAUUGCCAAGACGUGUCUAGAGUAUGGUCCAUUGAGAUUGAGUACACUACAAACUAUGACUUAUUCAAAGAACUACAAGAAACUGCAUGUGACUGAUAAACUAUUCGAAGACAUUGCAGAGUACUGUAUCUCUAAGUCAAAAAACAAAGAAGGAUGUUUCAAAGAACUGGAUGAAACUAUUCUUUCGACAAUCUCUUGUGAUAAACUUGUCAUAUGGGUUAAUGAGUCCAGAUUACACCCGAAUGAAGAAACGCGUAACCACAUGCAUAUGCCACGAGAAGUUAUCGAUAUCAUUCUGAGAAAAUGGAAUGUGAAAUCAGUCAAACUCAACAUGAUAUUUUAUACGAAUGGAGGAUUAUGCAGUGUCGACUGGUUACAGUAUAAUUAUUUUACUCCAGUCAGACUAAAUGACCCAUAUUCGAUAACUGAGAAGUCCUCAGAUCUGAAAUUUAGUCAUGUCGAUGUGAGAAUGUCUGAUUCCAUAUAUUGUGUGAGAGGAUUCGGAAACCACCAUUCAGAAAUAAUAGUACCCAGAGGAUACCACAACUUCAUUCCCAACAUCAGAAGAUUAUUCCCAACAGACAAAAUAUCGAUUGAUUUGUCACAUUGGUUUUACAUAGCAGAGACGGAUAUCGAGAAAAAGAUGUCAACUAUAUUACAAGUGGUCACCAUGGAAAAACAACGGAAAUUGAGUUUGAGUAUGAAGUUUUUCGUGAAGUCCAGUAUUGUCAAGAAAGUUAAUGAGGAGACGAAUAAGGCGGAGCUAAGAAAACUUGCUCCAAAGUACAGACACCGAAGAGUCAAUUUUCAAAGUUGUGUCAGGAGAUCACUGCCGAUUGAUGAUGUGGACCAGUAUCUGGAAGAGUUUAACCAAGAGAAAUGGAUUGGAAGACGGUUUCAGGUAGAGGAUAUUGAGAAUCUGUUUAAUUUCAAUUUGAAUGUUUAUAUCAAAGAAAAGGAACUGGAAGAGGGAUUCGAUAAACAACUGUUACAAGAAUAUCCUAAUUCAUUUGUUGGACACUUUUAUGAAUAA